CAGGAGGAAGCAGUAACACCCAGCAGCUCAGGCAGAGAGAGAGAGAGAGCGCGGACUGUUCACCCGAAGAGACCGAACAUCCUGGUCAGAAAAGAUGGACAGCAGGUGUGACUGCUCGAACAGCGGCGACAGGCUUUUGAAUCCUAUCCUCUACAACAUCUUGAGCCAAAUGGAUAAAGGCGGCCCGAGCCAAGACACCUUCCACCACAGCUCGGCUCCUCACAGGUGCAACUGCGAGGUGCGAAGGACAGUGUGCUUGGUCAGACCCUCGGAGGUUUGCAAGGAGGCCUCCGCGGUCCUGGUCAAAACUGUGCACUUCAUGAGAAACUUACCGGCCUUCAAGCAGCUGCCGCCGGGUGACCAGUACGCCCUUCUCAAAAGCUCCUGGGCACCGCUCUUCAUUCUGGGUCUGGCCCAGGAGCAUGUGGACUUCGACGUGACGGACGUGCCGGCCGACAGCAUGCUGAAAAAGAUCCUCCUGAACCGCCAGGAGAGCCCGGAGACGGAGAGGGAGCAGCCCACCAUGGCGGGCGUCAGCAAGCUGCGGUGUUGUCUGAAAAAGUUUUGGACCUUGGAUUUGAGCCCGAAGGAGUACGCAUAUCUGAAAGGGACCACGAUAUUUAAUCCAGAUGUGCCAGAGUUACAGGCAGGCCUGUUUGUGGAGGGGCUGCAGCAGGAAGCUCAGCACGCCCUGAGCGAGGUGGUCCAGCUCCUACAUCCGGGCCAGCAGGAGCGCUUCGCUCGGAUCCUCCUCACAGCCUCCAUGCUGCAGGGCAUCACACCCAGCCUCAUCACCGAGCUCUUCUUCCGGCCUGUGAUUGGCCAGGCCAACCUGCUGGAGCUGCUGGCCGACAUGCUCUUCUGCAGAAAUCCGUAGCGGUCCUUCAAUCUUCAAAGUUUUCAUCUGUUUGUUUUUUUUUUUAUUAUUACAGCCCUUCAAUGCUGCAACCCCAAACCCCCCAAAAAAAUCGGCAAGAGAAACUGUUAUUUUUCUACACAGGAUUAGGAUUUGCUUCCAUUUUUCAAGAAGCUGAGGUCACUUUAGUCCAGACUAAGCAGAAAUCCUCCACUAAAAAGAAAGCGUUGUCUUUCCACAGUAUACUUGACCUUUUCUGUUGCCUCGUUGUUGUAUAUAAAUGUUGUUUGCUUCAAAUGAAGACUUGAAAUAAAUAUAUUUUUUUACAUGAA